AUGUUUCAAACCAAGCAACGAAAUAAUAAUGGGGAAGAAAUGGGAAAAUUGUCCUGUACAAUCGAGAUCCAAGCUGCGUUUAUUCUUUCCUCCUUAGUGACCUUCUUAAGUGGACUCCUCAUCUUAUUCCUUUCCCGGCUACUCUGGAAUGGCAUAAAGAAAUGGAAAAACAUCAAGGGAACAGGAAUUCUCUUGAAACUAAUCUUGACAAGGAGCAGCCGUAAUAAACAUUUAAAAAGUCUCUACCUCCAUGGAGUAUUUCGUGAUCGUAUAGAAAUGUUACUUUCAGCACAGACCAUUGUGGGGAAAGUGUUGGUGAUCCUUGUCUUUGUACUAAGCAUUGGGUCUCUUAUAAUCUAUUUCAUCAAUUCUUCUGACCCUGUUGGAAGCUGUUCUUCAUAUGAGGACAAAACCAUCCCCAUUGAUUUGACUUUCAAUGCUUUCUUUACUUUCUAUUUUGGGUUGAGAUUUUUGGCAGCGGAUGACAAGAUCAGGUUCUGGUUAGAAAUGAACUCAAUUGUAGACAUCUUUACCAUCCCACCAACAUUUAUUUCUUAUUAUUUGAAGAGUAAUUGGCUAGGUUUAAGGUUCCUAAGAGCAUUGCGGCUGCUAGAACUCCCUCAAAUCUUGCAAAUGCUGAGAGCCAUCAGGACCAGCAAUGCAUUGAAGUUUUCCAAACUGUUAUCCAUAGUUUUCAGUACCUGGUUCACGGCUGCAGGAUUCAUUCACUUGGUGGAAAAUUCUGGUGAUCCCUGGCUCAAGGGUAGAAAUUCACAGAACUUAACAUAUUUUGAUUCCAUUUACCUGGUCAUGGCAACAACAUCAACUGUUGGCUUUGGAGAUGUGGUAGCUAAGACAUCCCUAGGACGGACCUUCAUCAUGUUCUUCACUCUGGGGAGUUUGAUACUAUUUGCGAACUAUAUCCCUGAGAUCGUGGAACUCUUUCUUACCAAGAAGACAUACACCAGUUCCUAUGAAGUGCUCAAAGGAAAGAAGUUCGUUGUGGUUUGUGGAAACAUCACUGUCGACAGUGUGACUGCUUUCCUGAGGAAUUUUCUCCGUCAUAAGUCAGGGGAGAUCAACACUGAGAUUGUUUUUCUGGGAGAGGUUCCUCCUUCUUUGGAAUUGCAAACAAUAUUUAAGUGCUACAUGGCCUACGCAACUUUUGUUUCUGGAUCUGCAUUGAAGUGGGAGGAUCUGAGGCGAGUUGGGGUGGAAUCUGCGGAAGCAUGCCUGAUCAUAGCCAACCCUUUGUGCAGUGAUUCACAUGAUGAAGACACUUCAAACAUCAUGAGGGUACUCUCUAUCAAGAACUAUCACCCUGAAACCAGAAUCAUCAUAGAGAUACUUCAAUCCCAUAAUAAGGAUUUUCUGCCAAAGAUUCCCAGCUGGAACUGGACUAAUGGAGACAACAUCAUCUGUUUUGCUGAAUUAAAACUUGGAUUUAUCGCCCAAGGCUGUUUGGUGCCAGGCUUGUGCACCUUUCUAACAUCUUUAUUUCUUGAGCAAAACAGUAAGGUUUGUCCUAAAAAGCCCUGGCAAAAAAUCUUCGUAAGUAGCCUGAAGAACAAAAUCCUGACUCAACGUCUUUCUGAUGACUUAGCUGGAAUGACUUUUCCUGAAGUUUCCCUGCUCUGCUUUGAGAAGCUGCACCUCAUGCUGAUAGCCAUCAAACACAAAUCCACGGCUUCCGGUUACUGUGGUCUGAUACUAAAUCCACCUGCACAAGUCAUGUUGCAAAAGAACACAUUAGGGUUCUUUAUUGCUGAAUCUCCAAAGCAUGUCAAAAGAGCCUUCUUUUACUGUGCCACCUGUCACAGUGAUGUGCAUUCUCCUGAGCUAAUUCGAAGAUGUAGCUGCAAAAGCAGGAACCAUCAACACUUCUCAGGGGCAAAAAUAAUGCCAACGUCGACCACCAGCAUGAAGAAACCCUCUGGGACAGCAAUUCGCGGUUUUAUUUCAAGGGAAGAAUCAAGUACGAGUAGCUACUUUAGCUUUGCCAACGGGAGUUUUCUCAAGGAAGAUUCUGACUAUCUUGAUAGCAGCGGCAUGUUUUACUGGUGCAAAGCAACUCAUUUGGAAAAGGUGAUUCUGAAACGAACUGACAAGUCAAAACUUGAGUUUCGGAACCACAUUGUGGCUUGUAUCUUUGGAGAUGCCCACUCAACACUGAUGGGGCUUCAGAAUUUUGUAAUGCCCUUGAGGGCUAGCAACUAUCCUCGGCAGGAGCUGAAGGACAUUGUGUUCAUCGGGUCUCUGGAAUACAUGCAGAGAGAAUGGCGAUUUCUCCGGAAUUUUCCCCAGAUUUACAUUUUGCCUGGCUCUGCACUCUAUACUGCAGACCUCCAUGCAGUCAACAUAGAGGAAUGUUCCAUGUGUGCUGUCUUAUCCUCCCCACCCAUGGCAUCUCCCCAGACUUUAGUAGACUCACAGAUCAUCAUGGCCACCCUCAACAUAGGAUCACUGCGGAUGAGCUGCUCUGCCCGGACACCCUCAGAGGCAGAUGACAUUUCACCCCGCCUCAGUGAAUCUGGGAAGUCAUGGUGCCGAAGAAUCCCCAUCCUCACUGAAUUGAAAAAUCCUUCCAACAUCCACUUUAUUGAACAGCUUGGUGGAAUGGAAGGGCACCUCUCAGGAACAAGCCUGCAUCUAAGCACCUCCUUUUCCACGGGGUCGGUCUUUUCUGGCAGCUUCUUGGACUCCCUCCUGGCCACAGCCUUCUACAAUUAUAAUGUCCUGGAGCUCCUUCACAUGCUGGUGACAGGAGGGAUAAGCUCCCAGAUGGAACAAUAUUUGGAUAAGGAAAUAGUAUGCAGGCCUUCUAACAGCUGCUUUACAUUGUUGUCCAGAAGGAAGCGCUGUAAGCUGGGGCUUCUGUCCUUAAAACAAACCAUUUUGUCGGAUAUUAAACCAAAAAAGACCUUUGGGCAAGUUUUCUGUGGCUUGUUGAAUAAUUUUGGAAUCCUAUGCCUUGGCCUAUACCGCCUGAUAGAUGACCAGGAGCACAAUCCGGAGCACAAAAGGGGAGUAUGCUAGUUUGUGAUUAUCCGGCCAGACAAUGAGUUUAAUCUGCUGCCCUCGGAUCUUGUGUUUUGUGCCAUCCCUUUCAACAUUUAUUGUGAUGGAAAGGAUAAAUCUUCACAUCCAGGUUCUCGUGAAAAUAUAAAUAUAGUACCACAGGCCUCAAAGGCAUCUGCAGACAUAAAUAACCCUCCCACAGCCAACCCAGUUGGCCAGACGACAACACAGCUAUCGAACACACCAGUCCAUUUAUGGGAGCCAAAAACUACCCCCCUUGGUAAUUCUAAGCAAUCCAUUUUUACUCAGAGUGGUGAACUAUCACCCCGGACACAUCCGGAAAAUGAAAACAUGAAGGAGCCCCCUGAGGGGCUACCUGUGCCUAUUCAAACUUGA